UCUUCACGGCCGGCCGCCAGCCGGCAGGAGCAGUCUCGGCCCGCCGCGGACCUCCCGUGGUCAUCAGCGGGCUGCUCACCUGGGGGCUGGGACCGCCGCGCGCCGGGCCACGAAGGGGUUAAGGUUCUCCCGCAGCCGCCGCAGCCUCCUCCCCCGCGGACCGUACCAUCCGGCCAAGCGGAGGGGGCGAGAAGAAGAGCGCGUCUCCUCCCCGCCAGCGCCGAUGGGCUCUCCUCGCCGGGCUGGCGGCGUCUCCGCUGUUCGCCGGGCCCGGCCGGAGGCUGCCCUGCGCUCGCCGCCUGCUCGGGGAGGGAGCCGGCAGAUGUGGCGGCUGCUGGCCCGGGGCCCGCCGAGCGACUGAGAGCGGGAGCGAGCGGGCCCAGCUAACUCCCUGCGGCCCAGGCUGGCCCGUCGCCCCGUCGGAACUCUCGGGGCGCGCAGCAUGGUGCGCUUGCGCCGCCGCGCCUGCCUUGCGCUCUUCCUCUGCGCGCUCUUCGUCUUCGGCACCCUCAUGGCCCUGCGGACCCUCAAGCCCUCCGACGGCUUCUCCGCCCUGGCGCCGGGCCUCCAGCUGCAGCCUCUGGCCGCCCGGCGCCACGGCGUGGCGGCAGGGGACGGGGAGGAGCCCCCGCGGGCCGAGGUGCAGGCCGCCUCUCACCAGCCGGCGGCCCCGCGGAGCCCCCAGCCGGCCCCAGGGCCCGAGGGCGUCUCUUCGGCGCUGCACGCCUUCUACUACACGUGGUACGGGACGCCGCGCUUCGACAGCCGCUACUUGCACUGGGACCACGUGAUGGUGCCCCACUGGGACCCCAAGAUCUCGGCCAGCUACCCCAAGGGCCGCCACAGCCCCCCCGACGACCUCGGCGCCAGCUUCUACCCCGCGCUGGGGCCCUACAGCUCUCGGGACCCGGCGGUACUCGAGGAGCACAUGACCCAACUGCGCGCCGCCGCCAUCGGAGUGGUCGUUCUGUCCUGGUACCCACCCGGCCUAGCAGACGACAAUGGGGAGCCCUCAGAGAGCCUGGUGCCCUUCAUCUUGGAUGCCGCGCACAGAUACGCCAUCAAGGUGCGACUCGCUCUGGUGCCACGGCUUGGCCUAACUGGUUAUGGUGCUCCAUGCAGCCAGGCAUGUUGGGGCUCCAGUGAUGUGCAUGAAGGCAUCACCUGUGAAGGGGUCACAUUCCAUAUCCAGCCGUACAAAGGACGCGAUGACAACACCGUGCACAAGAAUGUGAAAUACAUCCUAGACAGGUACGGCACACAUGAAGCAUUCUACAGGUACAAGACCAGCAUGGGGCGAAGCCUGCCUUUAUUCUACAUUUAUGACUCGUAUCUGACGCCACCUGAAGCGUGGGCCAACCUUCUCACCCCGUCUGGCUCCCACUCGCUGCGCAACACCCCUUAUGACGCCAUUUUCAUCGCGCUGCUGGUGGAUGAAGGGCACAAGCAUGACAUCCUCUCUGCCGGUUAUGACGGCAUCUACACAUACUUUGCCUCCAAUGGCUUCUCUUAUGGCUCCUCCCACCAGAACUGGAAAGCCAUCAAAGCCUUCUGCGACGCCAACAACCUCCUCUUCAUCCCCAGUGUGGGGCCCGGCUACAUUGACACCAGCAUCCGCCCCUGGAACAACCACAACACCCGCAACCGGGUGAACGGCAAGUACUAUGAGACAGCCCUGCAGGCGGCACUCACGGUGCGGCCGGAGAUCGUCUCCAUCACUUCCUUCAAUGAGUGGCACGAGGGUACCCAGAUUGAGAAGGCCGUGCCCAAGAAGACCUUGACACGGCUCUAUCUUGACUACUUGCCCCAUCAGCCAGAUAUGUAUCUAGAACUGACCCGCCGGUGGGCAGAGCACUAUAGUAAAGAGAAGGAACAGUGGCUGAUGUGAGCCUUGGGGGAGAGGGUGUCCGCUGGGCAUGAAGGUGUCCGAGGAGAAGUUGGCCACAGCACGGGUGGGGGAACCUGUUCGCUGGGCCGUAACUCCUAACACCUGCCUGAUCAGGGGCGGCCUUCAUUGCUGGUUAGUGCAGGUACUUCUUAAAAGGGCCGUUAUGCUCCUGAAAGUAGGUUUGCUGUUGCACCAGGGUACAAGGCAUCAGGCAUGUUACUUGAGCUCUUGCUUUAGUGUGUUCUCUCUCAGAGCCCUCUGCUGAUCCUGAAGAAUAAUCUCUUCUCUCUUUCUUUCAUCUCCUUCUGCACUGCUGGAUGCAAGAGGCCCAUUGCUGGCUUCUCCAGGGGAUCUUAGCUGAACAGGCCACUCCUUUGUUCUUUAACCAGACACUGUUUCACUCCAGGGAUAUUUAUUCCUAGUCUACCACGGCUAGUUAGAGCCCCAAAUGCUGCAGGCAAAUGUUAACCUACUCCAUGUUUUAGCCCCACCUUUCAAGAGGCAGAACGAGUUACUUAUGCUAUACAGCCUUUAGAACAUAGCUGAUGUAUCAUGUUUUUGAAACUUCAUGAUCCAAGUGCACCAAAUCUGGCAAUAAAAUGAGAACCCCCCUAG